AUGUUAAGUAUAGUAUUACUAGCGACAUAUACUGCAGAUUUAGCAUCUGAUUUAACAAUAGCAAAAUCAAAAUAUAUUAUUUCGGGGAUCGAUGAUAUCAAAAAUGGAAAAAUUCCAUUUCAUCGUAUUGGCAUUCCUAUUAAUACAGCCGUUGAAGAUUAUUAUUUAACAUCAAUAUCUAGAGGAGUUCGGAAUUUUUAUCCAUUAACAUCUCCACAAGAAUUGUAUGAUAGUCUAUUAGCAGGCUUCAUCGAUGUUUCCUUCAUAGAUGCUAGCACAGGUGAAUAUGUUACGAAUAAUAUCUAUUGUAAUUUAACAUUGAUGGGAGAUGAGUUUGAUCAGGGAGAUUUUAGUAUUGUUACUAGAAAAGAAUGGUUAUAUAUGAAUGAGUUAGAUGUUACUAUUUUGUCCUUGCAAGAAUCAGUUGAACUCGAUGAGUUAAAGCGUAAAUGGUUUCAAAAGAAGACUUGUCCUGAUUUAUCGGAAGCAUCUUCUGAGCUGCAAAUUCUACCAGUGAGCGGAUUAUUUGUGGUUUUUGGAUUUAUUACUAUUCUAUCAUUUUUAUUAUUUAUAUGGCCGAAACGAUCGGCUUUUAAAAGAUAUUUUUUUAUUUUACUAUUUUGA